GGGCGGGGCCAGCGGGCGCCUCACAAGAUGGCGGCGGGAGCAGCGGCCGUUGGAGGAGCAAGAGGGGGAGGGGGAGCCCCCCUGGCGGCCCCCGCCGAGCCCCGCUUCUCCCUCGUGGUCGUCUUCGGCGCCGGCGGCGGACGAGGCGGGCUCCGCGCGGCGGUCCUGAGGGCCGUGCGAGACGGGAUCCGUUCUUGGGACAUCGACUUGACUGCCUGCAACCUUGACCAGCAGCUGAAGCUCUUUGUCUCCCGCCACUCAGCCACCUUCUCCGAUAUUGUGAAAGGUCAGCGGGCUCUGCACCAUCGCGGAGAACUCCUGGAGACGCUGGUGCUGCUGAACCCUUCCGACAAGUCCAUCUGCAAUGAGCUCUGCAACCUGGUCACGGACCCUUCGCGCCACAAGCUGCUGAUCUUUGCUGGGCCCUGCAUCGAGGAGACGGGGGAGCUGGUCCUGCAGACGGGCACGUUCUCCUUGCGAGACUUCAUCCAGAUCUUCGCCGACAAAGAGGUUGGGGAGUUGCUCAGCUCUGCAGACCCAUCUGCCAGGACCAGCCUGACGGUCAUUUGCCCGGACUUUGGGGAAUGGAAAGCUUCCCGGCUGGGUCAGCACAACCUGUUGGACUUCAUUGACCUCCGCUUCAACCCAGGCCCCGUGCUGCCCGAGAUGGAGGGCCUGCAGGAGUUCCUGGAGUAUCUCUCGGAGUCGCUGGACCCCCCGUCGCCCUUUGACCUCCUGGAGCCACCCAGCACCGUCGGCUUCCUGAAGCUGUCCCGCCCAUGCUGCUAUAUCUUCCCUGGCGGCAGGGGCGACUCGGCCUUCUUUGCCGUCAACGGCUUCAACAUCCUGGUCAAUGGCGGCUCCAACCCCCGCUCGUCCUUCUGGAAGCUGGUGUGCCACCUCGACCGUAUCGACUCCAUCUUGGUGACGCAUGUGGGUACUGACAGCCUACCCGGCGUCAACAGCUUGCUGCAGAGGAAGCUGGCCGAGAUGGAAGAGGAUCCCUCCUCGCAGGGUUCGCCAAAUGAGGACUCCGUGAAGAACCUCAUCUCCCCAGAGCUGGGCGUUGUCUUCCUCAACGCCUCUGAGAAGCUGAAGACCAUUGCGGGUGACUCAGGCGUCCUGAAGAGCUGCGACGAGGCCAGCUUGGCGCUCCACUACCUGGACAAGCUGGGCAUCCAGCCCAGCCCACUCUGCAGGGACGGCGGCCCCAAGGUGGAGCCCACUGUCCUCUUCCAGAAGAUGGGUGUCGGGCGCUUAGAUAUGUACAUCCUGAACCCGGUGAAAGGCAGCAAGGAGCUGGAGGUCCUGAUGCAGCACUGGUGCGGCAAUGGCUGCCCCCAGGGGCUGGAGCUGCCCCUGCACUGCGUGACCUCCAUCUGCGCCCUCCUGGUCUGGCACCCCGUCAGCCCCACAGAGAAGAUCGUCCGGGUCUUGUUCCCCGGCUGCACGCCCCAGAGCAAGAUCCUGGAGGGGCUGGAGAAGGUCCGGCACUUGGAGUUCCUCAAACAUCCGGUGGUCACCCAGAAGGACCUGGAGUCAGGGUCCUCCUCGGGCAGCACCCCACAAAGCCAGCAGAAGAGGACCACCAGCCAGGAGAGCCUCAAGUCUGGCUCCAGGCUGAGCCUCCCAGAGCCCAAGGAAAGAAGGGAGGCAAAGGCGGCAGGCACCAGAGAGCGCCCCAUGGCGCCCAGCGAGACCUCAAAGGGCAGCCUGGAGGAGGAGCAGGUCAAGGAGACUCGUACCAAGGUGGAGCCGUCUUCUUCUGUGAGGCCCAAGCAGCUGAAGGAGAAGCCAGUGGCCAAGAAGGACACAAAAAAACUCUUGCCAAAGAAUGACGCUGCCCCCCCAGGAAAGGUGCCCAAACGGGAGGCGAAGGUGGAUCCCCCCAGGAGGGAGACGGCGGCCAAGAAGGAGGAGAAGGCAGCAGUGAGGCAGCCGAGUCGGGAGCUGAGGAGGUCAGCCAGCGCGGAAGCCAAGAGGCCCCCCACCAAGAUGGGCAGCUUCAAGAAGACCCUCCCCAGCCUCAAGAAGCAGGCAGAGAAGCCGAAAGCCCAGCCUUUGAAAGAGGCUCCUCUCAAGAUGCCCAGCAGCGCCAAGGGGGCAGCAGGUGGCCUCUCGGAUGGGUCCAAGUCGUCAACGGAGAAUGGGGCGAGGGAGGACUCUCGGCCAGAGGUCCUGGGGGCUGAGUCGACAGACGAGGGCAUCACUACAGCGGAGAGCGAGCUGGAGCCAUCGCCGCUGGAGUGUCCCGGGAAUGGGGUGCUGGCGGCCCAGAACGGCCUGUGUACGGGGGGAGACCCUGAGAGCCCCCAGCCCUUCCGGCACCUGGAGGCCAGCUCUCCGCUGAGGGGUGCAGGCCCCCCAUCGCCACUGGCUAAGACCCCCAAGAGUGAGCGGAGCGUCAACUUUGAGCAGACCCCCACGGGCACGCAGGCAGGGCUCCACCCCGAGGGCGAGGAGGCUUGCGGCAGCUCCGAAGAGAAGACCCUGGAAAUGAUGUCUCCAGCCAGCUCAGGCCCGGCCAGCGCCAGGCACACUCCUUUCCACCAGUCCCCCGUCGAGGACGUCGUCAUGGCCGAGGAGCCGGCGGCCCUGACCAACUCCUGGCGCCCGGAAGGCUCUGCCACCGGGCUCCGUGUUUCGCGGGACAACUCCAGCUCCUCGCAGGAGAAGCCGUCAGGAUGCCUGUCACCCGGCCUCUUCCGCGAUGACCUCCCGGACGUCUCGCCCACCAUCACCACGCCCUCACUGCCAGCCGAAGUGGGCUCGCCGCACUCCACCGAGGUGGAUGAGUCCCUCUCCAUGUCCUUCGAGCAGGUCUUGCCACCAGUCAGCGAGUUCCAGGAGGAAGCAGAGAAUGCCCGCCCGGGGGGACUCACCCCAGAGCCGGACGUGGGCAAAGGUGGCCUAUCCUUGCCCGUCCGGCCCUGCCACCCGCAUCACGCCCAGCGCUUGGACGGCCACUCCCUGGCACGGCGCGCCCGCCGCUCUGACUCACCCCAUGAUGUGGACCUCUGCCUGGUGUCCCCGUGCGAGUUUGAGCACCCCAAGUCGGAGCGCUCGCCCUCAGCCAACUUUAGCCCCCGGGACAUGUCGAACAGCAGUGACUUCUCCCAGGAGCUGACCAAGCCGCUGGUGGGCCAGCGAAAGGGCCCGCGGAGCCGCAAGCCCUACCCCCUGGCUGAUGAAACCCCACCCACGUCACUCAGCGAGUCGCUGCCCACCCUCUCGGACUCUGACAUCCCGCCCGCCACGGAAGAGUGCCCUUCCAUCACGGCGGAUGGUGGGCUGGACUCGGACGAUGACCCUGAGAACCUGGUGCGGGCUCGCGACCCUCUUCCGGCUGCCCUGAAGGACCCCCUCCCGCUCCCCGCUCAGCCGGGCAUCUGCAUGGUAGACCCUGACCGAGAAGGGGCGGCCAAGGGCAAGAGGCCGGCGACCCGGGUAGGCUCCGCUCCGCCCAAAGCAGACUCAGCCCCCAGAGGCGCAGCCCACAACAACAGCCGCAUCAAGCCUUCCUCGGCCAGCGUUGGGGAGAGAGCCCGGGCGCCCACUCUGAGCCGAAGUGAGUCGGCUGCCUCCCGUGCCAGUGGGGACCACCGGGCAUCCCUUGGACAGCGGCCAGCAAGCAGCAGGCUGUCCUUGGGGGCAGGCAGAGCAUGCCCUGCAGGUGCCAGGCCCAGUUCCGUGCGGCCCCCCGUCUACCUGGAGCUGGCCUACAUCCCGGGCUCGGCGAGUGCCCAGUGGGUGGACGAGGACUUCUUCCGCCAUGUCCGGUCGCAGUGCUACGUCAUCAGCGGCGAGGACCACAUCAAGGAGGGCGUCAUGCGGAGGAUCUUGGACGCCCUCCUGGCCGGGAAGCAGCACUGGGCGCAUGACACCCAGGUGACCCUGAUCCCCACCUUUGACUCCCUGGUGAUGCAUGAGUGGUACGCAGAGACGCUGGAGCGGCAGCAGGCGCUGGGCGUCACCGUCCUGGGCAGCAACAGCAUGGUGGCCAUGCAGGAUGAGACCUUCCCAGCCUGCAAAGUGGAGUUCUGAAGCCUCCCUCUCCCCCUUGGGGCACGUCUGUGGGGGGAAUGGGAGACGAGAGGGACCUCUGUGGGUACUGGGGGGGCAGGGGUAGAGACCCCCCACCCCACACUAAGACACUUCCAAAGCCCCCCCAGCAAACCUUACCCACACUGUUCUGUGUCUGGUCUGUUUGCAUGUUUCGCCCCUUCACACACACCCUGAGCUUCUAACCCUGGUCAAGCGCAGAGAUUUAGGAUUUGGGGAGCUGUGGUGUUUGGCCAGCAGCCCCACCCCAAAAGGCCUUUGGCCAGGCAUUCCUGGCCUGGGGUGGAGGGUGGGGUCUGCUCUGACAAGGGGCAGAGUGCAGGGGCCCCUCCUCAAAAAUCCGCCUGGAGGGUGGUCAGUUUACCUACAGGACCCUUUUUUAAAAAGAAAAACUUUUUUUUUAAAAGAGUGAAACCGGGUCUUUGGGGGCGGUGUGUGUGUCUGCUUAUUUUAAGAGGCAGCUCCGAUUUCCCAGUUUGGGGUCCUGGCAGGGAGCUGUUUAUUUCCACUCGGGGGUGUGUGCUUGGCUUUCUGAGGUCGCUCCCUGCAACAGCGCCCCCCUUCCCUUAAAAAUAUCCCAUCUCCUCCUUGGGGCCGACUCUCCAUCCUACCCUUUUAAAAUCUGGUUGGGCCCAUAGCCGAUGCUUCCUCUUGGGGGGUCCGGAGCCAAAAUUCCCCCUGGAAUUGAUCUCUCUCUCUCUCUCUUGGAGAUCACCUUCCCCCUACCCCUCUCAAAACAACUCCCCCCUCCCCAAUUUCUUCUACCUCUUUAUGUUGAACGCCAGCAGUGUGUUGUGUUGCGUUUCAUCCCGAGGCCUGUCUUGUUCAUCUCGGGAUGCGUUAAUCCACAAAGACUACUCUGUAAAAUCCAGCCAAAGCACACCCCUUUCCAAAAAACCUUCUCCCCCCACUAAAAAUACCACCUCCCUUUUUCUCACUCCCUUAAUGUUUGAAGGAGCACCAGGGUGGGGUGGCAGAAUGUGCCCCCUCUCCCCUUGCAAAAUGUGACACUAAACUUAUGUUUCUUUUUUUUUUAAGGAAGGAAAAGGUGCGGGUUUUCCACCCCCCUUUAAAUGUGCAUUUUUUUCUAUAAAAAAGACAAAAAAGCAAACAAAAAACAACCAUAUACAAAACUGUUAAUGUAUUGAAAGUUUUUUUGUCCUCUUCCCCCCCCCCCAUAAUUUAUAGGAUCACUUUUACACCUUCCUGGCUGGGCACCGCAGCAGGCGGGAGUCAAGGGGUGCAGCGUAGAAGAAGGAAACCCCCUUUUCCCCUCCCGUCCUCCUGCCCCCCAACCAGGACAGGCACUGUGUUCGAGUCCUGUGUGGUGUGUGUUUAGGACGGUCUUCACCAACCCUGGUGCCCCUGGUGGGGGGAUAUUUUGGGGCACUGAUGGGAGUUUUAUAGGGUCCCCCAAGACCCACGGUUGGGGGCCACGGUUGGUUUAGAUGAAACGUGUUUUUUGUGGGGAGCGGGGUAAGUUGAGAAUGUUUUUCACCACCUUUAGUGCUUUAUACAUACAUAUAUAUCUAUAUAAGUAUAUAUAGAUAUCUCUGUUCUGCUUAGUUGGAAGCCCAUUGGGAAGAGCAGAAAGGUCAAGGGACGGAAGAGGCAGCCAGCACGCGACCGGCCCCCCAACUCUUAGGAGGGCACCACUCUUGGGGGGGGGCUGAGCCCUUUUCUAUGCUCUUCACUCUCUCUCACCCUCACCUUUGUAGCCGUUGACACACUCCAAAGCCAUGUGACCCGCUCACGAGUUGCCGUGUCCAUCCACACCCGGAAUUGCAGAAGUGAAGAAAACAAAACACUGUGUUGGAACCUCUUUAGAAAAAGCAAAACCCUGAGGGGUACAAGAGAUAAAAGGUGUUAGACUUC